GUUAAUUUCAUAUUAAUAUUCAUGUCCAUUAAUGUCCAUUCUACUCCUCACAGGGCAUCAGCUACACUGCGGUUCCAGUGGAGAGGAGUUUCGUGGAAAAACACAUUCUGCUGCCCUGACUACAAAGGGGCCGUACGUCUGCAGGCAGUGUGGCAAGAGCGUUAAGACAAAACAGGAGCUCCAACGCCAUCAGCGUGUUCACACUGGGGAGAAACCAUUUUCAUGCACAGACUGUGGAAAGAGUUUCUCACAGUCUUCUAACCUCUACAGACAUCGUCGCUUUCACACUGGAGAGAGGCCGUUCCCUUGCAGUCAGUGUGACAAGAGCUUUAAGACAAAACAAAAACUCCAAAUCCACCUGCACAUUCACACAGGGGAGAAACCAUCGUCAUGCACCGACUCUGAAAAGAGUUUCUCAAGGUCUUCUGCACUUCACAUACAUCGUCACAUUCACACUGCAGAGAAGCCGUAUGCUUGCAGUCAGUGUAGCAAGAGCUUUAAGACAAAGCAGGAGCUCCACAGCCACCAGCGUGUUCACACAGGGGAGAAACCAUUUCCAUGCAAAGAUGGUGGAAAGAGUUUCUCACACUCUUCUGGCUUUCACAAGUAUCGCUGCAUUCACACUGGACAGAUGUCGUACGCUUGCAGUCAGUGUAACAAGAGCUUUAAGACAAAAUCAGAUCUCCAAAGGCACCAGAUUGUUCACACAGGGGAGAAACCGUUUUCAUGCACAGACUGUGGAAAGAGUUUCUCACAGUCUUCUCACCUCUACAGACAUCGUCGCUUUCACACUGGAGAGAGGCCGUUCCCUUGCAGUCAAUGUAGCAAGAGCUUUAAGACAAAGCAGGAGCUCCACAGCCACCCGUGUGUUCACACAGGGGAGAAACCAUUUCCAUGCAAAGAUGGUGGAAAGAGUUUCUCACACUCUUCUGGCUUUCACAAGUAUCGCUGCAUUCACACUGGACAUAUGUCGUACGCUUGCAGUCAGUGUAACAAGAGCUUUAAGACAAAAUCAGAUCUCCAAAGGCACCAGAUUGUUCACACAGGGGAGAAACCAUUUUCAUGCACAGACUGUGGAAAGAGUUUUUCACAGUCUUCUAACCUCUACAGACAUCGUCGCUUUCACACUGGAGAGAGGCCGUUCCCUUGCAGUCAGUGUGACAAGAGCUUUAAGACAAAACAAAACCUCCAAAUCCACCUGCACAUUCACACAGGGGAGAAACCAUUGUCAUGCACCGACUGUGAAAAGAGUUUCUCAAGGUCUUCUGCACUUCACAUACAUUGUCGCAUUCACACUGUAGAGAAGCCGUAUGCUUGCAGUCAGUGUGACAAGAAAUUUAAGACAAAACCAGAGCUCCAAAUCCACCAGUGUGUUCACACAGGGGAGAAACCAUUUUCAUGCACAGACUGUGGAAAGAGUUUCUCACAUUCUUCUACUCUCCACAUACAUCGCCGUAUUCACACUGGACAGAGGCCGUACGCUUGCAGUCAGUGUGGCAAGAGCUUUAAGACAAAAUAUGAGCUCCAAAUCCACCAACGUGUUCAUACAGGGGAGAAACCAUUUUCAUGCACAGGCUGUGGAAAGAGUUUCUCGCGGUCUUCUAACCUCCACACACAUCAUCGCAUUCACACUGGAGAGAGGCCGUAUGCUUGCAGUCAGUGUGACAAGAGUUUCAUAUGGUCUUCUCACCUUAAGAAACACUUGUUGUCACACUUGAGAAAGUAAAUCAUUGCACCAAUCAAGACUGCUCGCUGUUAGCCCCACCAUCAAACCCUGGUUAACCAGAGAUGUCAAGCAACUCCUCAAUAAGAAAAAGAAGCUUUUAAGGAGGGCAACUUGACAGAGCUGAGGAGUGGCAUCUAGAUGUAUAGGCCAGCGAUGUUGAAGAAUCUUUAAAAAGGUCCUGGUUCUGGUUCGUGAUCCGUAUCACCACCAGAGUUUAAUCACUUGUUCCUUGGGUCAUUAUCAACAACUCCACAGAGUUUCAGCCGAAUCCGUUCAUAACUUUUUGAGUUAUCCUGCUGACAAACAGACAGACAGACAGACAAACCAACCAGCCGGAAACAUUACCUAAAAAACCCAGAUGGGCAAUGCUAAAGAGGCAGGGGAUCAAAACAUCACUGAGUGUGGAAAGAAGAGAAGUCAAUAGUCUCUUUUCCAUUGGGUUCCGCGUUCCGGUGCGGGCUUUGUAAAUAUUCAUGAAACUUGACAGGGGGUCGAUGGUGCUGUUUCGCACGCAUUUCCAUACAUCAGGGACUAGAACUGGGCCGUAUGAUCAGCUGCUGCAACUAGCCGCGACAACACCGUGUUUUCACGCCAUGGUGAAUCUAAGCCCUAAUCUAAACAAUAGGACCUAUAGGACUAAAUAUAACCAGCGAUCUCCUUCUCUUAGACCCAUAGACAUGUGUUUGGGCUUGUUCGAAAGCUGCGAAUCUUAGCUUUUCAUAGGUUUUUACGGAACGUUUUUAUGUUCUUUCAAUCCAAAGUUAUAUAACUUUAAGCGGCCGCUGUUUCAAGCGAAAAAAUAGCGCUUUCCAACCAUUUUUUUGGUCUCGUCAUUUUUUCCCAAACAGCCAGCGAUCACCUUAACCUAGACCUACAGACAUGUGUUAGGGUUUGUUCAAAAGCUGAGAUUCUUAGCUUUUUACAGGUUUUUACGGCACGUGUUUAUGUUCUUUAAAUCCAAAGUUAUUUAACUUUAAGCGGUCGCCACUUCAAGUAGCCUAAACAAUGGCGUUGUUCUCCAGCCGGAUAGAGAGGAAAUCUUUUUUGUCAUGGCUGUGUUCUUUGUUCCUUCCAAUAAACCACAGUUGUCUUUUUCAUUCGAAAUUUUCAUUUUUACAUUUAAUUUAAUAACAGCAAAUUCUCCAUCCCUCUGCAGGUUCGUAUAUGAAGAUAUGUCCAAUGAAAAGGGCUACUUUAGUGUGCCCUAUUUUGCAUGGUGGUAAAAAAAACCGACUUCUCACAAGGAGGAGGUGUGGAGCUUUGGAAAUAGCAUGAUUUUAAAAUAAUAGCCUAAUAGGCUAAUAAUAUAACUCCUUGACCAAGGACUGGAGUUAGGCUACUUUAAAGAACAUUGCUUGAGCAAAUGUUCUCUGUCAAAACUGCCCACAGAAAAGCGAUGUUGAUUUUUAGAGUGCGUGGGUGGGGAUAGGUGUUUGCACAUGCCGGUAAAUCCUAACACAGGCAACAUAGCCUAGUGGAACUAAGCUCCGCACGCCUCGAACCACGUCUUUCGCGAUUCUAUAAUCGCCCCUGUUUGAGCCCUGUUUGAGCUGAUGAUGGGUGUGUAUGGGUGGAGUAAAUGCAAAAAGAAACGAAACCACGCCCCAGCACUGCGCAGCCCCGUUCUAACACGGCUAGUCGAAAUGGGGCUAAUGGCCAAUGACCUAAACCAGUUCUACAACCGGUUUGGCAACCCUGCCACAGGGGGAGGCAUUUCACUUGUCACCUAUUAAGCCCACACACACACACACACACACAGACUCUUUGCCAUCAUAUGUGGUUGUUCAAAUAUGCCUGCACUUAUUAAUCAGACAUAUUCAAUUGUGUUGCAUACUAAUGUGAGCUGUUUCAUUAGCCUGGGCCCAUUCAUAACUGUGGCACAUCAAAUUUCAUGUUCAAGUCUUGUUACGUUAUACAUUAAUGUUGUAUGUGGGCCAACUGUAAUACUCAUUUGAAAUGAUCUGGUGGGCCGAAUGAAAUGACUUUGUGGGCCAAAUUUGGGGUGGGCUGGUGGUGAAGGUUACACAUGUCAAUUAUUCCAAGAGUGUGUAUGUACUGUAUGUGUGUGUAGGGACAUUCAAACGUAUCAGCAAUGCAGAUAUACACAGUAAUGGAACAGAGCUAUGCACAGCCAACUACAACAGCAAUGGAACAGAGCUAUGCACAGCCAACUACAACAGUAAUGGAACAGAGCUAUGCACAGCCAACUACAACAGUAAUGGGAAGUAGUGGUGGAACUGUACAUGCUUUAAGUAGAGAUGCAGCGGAUCCUGAUUUUUAGGAUCCUGCCAGAUACCGGAUCCACUGCUUAAAUCCUGGCGGAUUCAGAACCGGAUACCGCAUCCUACGAAAGGGUUGAAACACAUAGCCUACUUACAUAUGUGGGCCCUUUUUAUUACGUCGGCUCAAACAAUUUUUUAGACUCAUUGGCUUACUGACAAAGUGCCUUCAACGGCCGCUUCCAAAGGGCUUUCACUCCAUGCAGCAAUUGGGGUUGUGAAAGACUGACUGAAAAGCCUAAGCUACGUAAAAACUAGAGAUGCACCAGAUCCUGAUUUUUAGGAUCCUACCGGAUACCGGAUCCACUGCUUAAGAUCCUGCCGGACCCUGUGAAAAACCCUAUUAUCCUGCCAGAUCCUGAACAGGAUCUUGGAUCCAGUGCAUCUCUAGUUUUAACAACAAAUGUAUUUUAAAGAAUAAAUGAAGACUUUUAACAAUAAAAAAGAACAAACAAUGGAAUUUUAAGCAACAUUGGUAUUUAUUCACAUAUUCCUCUUUCUGUAUUGUCUCUGGUGGUAGACGUUUAUAUUGCUAUUGGCUCUAAAAAAAGAGCGGUUUGUAGGCUAAGCUGAUGUGUUUAUGUAUGGGCAUCAUAACAGCAUUAGAAUAACAAUAUAACAGCACAGCAUGAUAAAGUCAUGGUAGGCCACAGUACAUCUCAUAAAGAGGUUUAUAUUGUGCUUGCUUUCCAAGCGUGAGCCUUUUCUAUGCUAUGCCUUAUUGCAUUAGAAGCAUCAUAACAGCAUGCACAUACAGAUACAGACAUGAUAUCAGGCAUCACAGGGUUUUAUUGUUGUCAAUUUCUUUGAAUAAAUGACCAAGACAAGAAA